AAGAUGAAGAACGAUUCAAUGCAAAUAGAAUUCAUCCUUUUGGGUCUGACAGAUGACCCCAUCUUGCAGAUUGUAAUUUUCUUCUUUUUAUUUUUUACCUACAUGUUGAGUGUGACAGGAAAUCUAACUAUUAUCAUCCUCACUUUGCUGGAUUCACGCCUUAUGACACCAAUGUAUUUCUUCCUACGGAACUUCUCCUUUUUAGAAAUCUCAUUCACAACUGUCUGUAUUCCAAGGUUUCUAGUGAGCCUUGUGACAAAAGAUAGAACUAUUUCCUAUAUGAGUUGCAUGAUUCAGUUAUUUUUUUUCAUCUUUUUGGGGGUAACUGAAUUUUACCUUCUGGCUGCUAUGUCUUAUGACCGCUAUGUAGCUAUAUGUAAACCUCUGCAUUAUAUCACCAUCAUGAGUAAUAAAGUUUGCUACCAACUUGUACUCAGCUCUUGGGUAACUGGAUUCCUGAUUAUCUUUCCUCCAGUAAUUUUAGGACUCAAGUUGGAAUUCUGUGCUUCUAAUGUCAUUGACCAUUUUAUUUGUGAUUCUUCGCCCAUCCUGCAAAUCUCUUGCUCGGAUACACAUUUUCUAGAGCUAAUGUCUUUUUUCUUAGCUGUUUUUACACUCAUGGUCACACUGAUGUUAGUGAUUCUCUCCUAUGGGUGUAUCAUCAGGACAAUUCUCAAAUUCCCAUCUGCUCAGCAAAGAACAAAAGCCUUCUCCACCUGUUCUUCUCACAUGAUUGUGGUUUCCAUUUCUUAUGGCAGCUGCAUCUUUAUGUACAUAAAGCCAUCAGCAAAUGAUAGAGUGACUUUAAGCAAAGGGGUAGCUGUGCUCAAUACGUCAGUGGCCCCCUUAUUAAACCCCUUCAUUUAUACCCUAAGGAAUCAGCAAGUGAGACAAGCCUUCAAAGACAUGGUUCAGAAAGUUUUAUUUGUUUUAAAAAAAUGA